AGCAUACACGUGGCAGCUGACAUGGAAAAUUUACUAAAAAUUCAUUUAUUAAAAAAAUCGGCUAUUCCUCUUCCCCACUGCGCCUGCUUGUAUCAUCCUCGUGCGACUUUUCAUCCCCUCCCGGGGACUUCCCUCCCCCGGCACCACCAAUCGCCUCCUCUGCCCUUUCUCCUUUACUGCUUCAUCCCUCUUCGCCGCUCCACUGCUUCAUCCCUCUGGUUUGUAUUUGUGGCUACAAUAGCUCCCCUCUUCCAGUUCGCCGUCUCUCAUCCCGCCUCCUUCAACAAAUUCCCAAUUCCUUUUCCUCCAUCGCCAACCUCCGCUCGCUCUAGAUUUUUGGAGCAACGAGGAAGCUAUGAAAGGAAGCUCUUUAGAAGCUUUUGAAGGCGGAACUUCCCUCGACGUCGGCCGAAUCGGGGAAAAUCCGGUCAAUUGAUUUAGGGAUUCGAAACCAGGUUCACCCCAUUGCCGAAAGAUUUAGGUGUUUCAAAUAGGGGAAAACCAGGUCCCUUUGGAGGAUUUUCCUAGAUCAGGGGUUUCCUUACUCCAACUCAUAUUCGUACUUGAGUGAUUUGUACAGAUAAGGUGGGGGAAAUGGAAUAGGGGAGCAAUUGCAGGUAGAAAAGCGGCAGCUCAGUCGAUGAUGGCGUCGAUGGCCGGUCGCAAUCCUUGGCGGAGGACGCAUCGGAGGAGAAAGGCGUGGCCUUUCUGAUGAGUUUGAUUGAACCUUGAGUGAGUGCGCCACUAGUUUUUGAUUAAGGGAGAUCGACCGUCGGGGUUGCCGACGGAGCUGUCGAGAUCUUGCGGCGACAACAUAUUUGUUUUGUUUUCCGACUAGGUGGAGGCGACGACUACUUUUUCCUUUUAAUUAUAAUUUUUUUAUUUAAUGGGAAUAUUUAAUGGAUUAUUUAAUAGUAAUAUCAUAUGUGGCGCAUACAUGUACGCCACAUAAGCUCCACAUAAUCAAUAGUCAAACAUAGGUUGACCACCGUUAGGUCAACCGUCAAUUCUAACAGUCAACAGAAAUACGCGUAACACAAAUGACGCGAACCCCUAAUACGUUGGAAUAUUUUUGUAUUUAUUGAAAGUACGUAAUAUAAAUGGCACUUUCGCUAAAGGAUGGUAUUUCCGGUGGUAUUAGCCCUAAAAUUAAAACACCAUCCUAAAUCGUCCCCUUCAAUCGGCUCGUCGUCCUUUCGCCGGCCUCCUUGACGGCGGCUUCAUAUGGCGCACCCUAGCCAACGACCGGAGCGAACUUCUGUGGAUGAAAUGACAUCACUGUUAAGCCGUCAGUGGCUGGAGCGUACAAUUGCAGGUGAGAUGGCUCGCGAUUACAGGUGGAGCAGACGACGAUCUCUUUCUUUUCUUUACACCUUUCUUAUGCCUUUUGACCUUCUCCGCUUUCAUGGCCCCUAAUCGAUUAAUAUGACUAGCAGAUUGCGAUUUUCCCCACAAUUAUCGUCGCCUUCUCCAGCCGUAGCCGUACGCCGCCUCAUCCGCAGCUGUCCGCUCAAGUCGCUGCUACCGAAACAGUGAUGUCGUCUCACACACAACUGUCCGCUCCGGUCACCAGCUAAGAAGAGCCACGUGCGGCCGCCGCCGAGGGUGCGACGGUGUAUAUCAGUGGGAGGUCUUCAGCGAAAUUGGGAAGGAGGCAGACGAAAGGACGUCAAGUUGAUUGAAGGGGACGCUUUAGGAUGGUGUUUUAAUUUAAAUUGGGUUGGGGUGAAAAAUGAUUAAAAUGAAUUACAUUAAGUGAGGUGUACUUUGGUCAUUUCCUAGCCAAUUUAAUGGUCAAUUAAGAGAUAAUUAGAUAGAAGGGUAUAUUCGUUACGUUUUAAUAUUAGGAAAGUAUGUUUGUGCAAAAUUUCAGAAGAGGGUACGUUUGUUGAUUUGUAAUAGUAUAAAAGUACAAAAUGCUAUUAACCCUAAAAUUAAUUGGGUGCUUUUCGAAUUUCAUAAACAGGAUAAUGGGUUUUAUUGCAAUUUUUUAUUUUAAGUAUUCACACGAAAUCCACUAAAAAACACGUUACAACUAUAGUUUAGAAGUUUAGACUCACUCAUCUCAACACUUCGCUUAUUUAUAUCCGUCAAUGGUUAUAAUUCUCUCUCAUAUUAAAAUCUUCUUUCUUUUCUCUCACUUUUAUAAAUAAUAGGCUAGUUUGACUCUGAUGUAGUUUUUGCAGAAGCAGCUGGAGCUUUUAAAGAAGUAUUUUUCAUAAAAAGCAGUUGAGUGUUUGGACGGAAAACUAUUAGAAGUGUUUUUUUUAUAUGAGAGUUUGUGUAAAAUGACUUAUAACAUAAAUUAAGAAUAAAAAUUCUAAAUAGUAAAAAGUAGUCAAAAAUCGAUCUUGUUAGAUUUUUAUUAUUAUAUUAAAUAAUAUGGUUUUGUAUUUUAUUUUAUUUUUGAAAUAAUAUAAUGAAAUAAAAUUAUAUUUUCUGAACUAAAAUUAAAACAUGGUAAGGAUAAUCUUGUAUCUUCAAAACAGCUUUUCUCAGAAGAUGCAAAUCGGAGCGUCUGCUUUAUGUUAUAAAAAAGCGUUUUUUCGGCUUUUCAAAAGCCGGGCUUUUAGAAGUGUUCGGCCCUGCUUCAGGUUUUGAAGUCGAAAAACACUUUUAAAAACCAGGUCAAACAUAGACAAUAUCUUAAUAAAACUUAUAAGUAAGAAAUUUUUCACCUUUUAUCGAUAACUUUAUAUAUGAUUAUUUGAGUAUGGUGCAUAUGGGUCUUUUCCGAAUGGCACACAAGUAAGUUUGGUACAUCAUUUUACAUCUCUUCUUACUUUUGGUUUCGACAAUAAUUACGAUUUUAAUACCAUGGUUUGGAUAUGAUAGAUAGAAAAAAAUAUUAUGACAUCAUAAUUUGGUCGGCUACAAUGAGCUAACUCAAAAUAAUUUAAACAAGAGGAAUCAAAGGGGAACGUGCCAAGCGCAAAUCCUACAAACAAACGUGAGAGGCUCUACAAAUAAAAUUCAAAAGAACAUCACAACGUGGAGGCUACAAUCUUUUGCUUCAAUAUCCCCCCCACCAAACCAAAUCCCUCCAAAAUCCCAAAACCCACAUCAUAUAAAGUCCCCAACACAAAACCUAAACCCCAUCCACCAAGUCCUGCUCCCCACAUCUUUCCCAAACAUUGAGCCACGCACAUCAAAAAGAACAAAGCCAUGAAGCUAUUCAACAUUAGCAGCCCUGCUUCAGCACUCUGCAUCAUCUUACUAUGCAGCACCAGCAUGGUCCAAGGGCUCGUCGACUACGGCGAUGCGCUCGACAAGACCUUCCUGUUCUUCGAGGCUCAGAGAUCCGGGAAGCUGCCCCACGCCCAGAGGGUCAAGUGGCGCGGCGACUCGGGACUCCGCGAUGGCCACUCCCAAGGGGCGGACCUGGUCGGAGGGUACUACGAUGCAGGGGAUCACGUCAAGUUCGGGCUGCCGAUGGCGUUCAGCGUGACCAUGAUGGCCUGGGGCGCCAUUGAUUUCAACAAGGAGAUCACCUCUGCUAACCAAAUGAGCAACACAUUGGCAGCCAUCAGAUGGGGGACUGACUACUUCGUCAAGGCUCAUCCACAGCCCAAUGUUCUGUGGGCUCAGGUUGGAGAUGGCAAUUCGGACCACUACUGUUGGGAGAGAGCAGAGGACAUGACGACUCCCAGAACAGCCUACAAGCUUGACCAGAACCAUCCUGGCUCGGACCUAGCAGGCGAAACGGCUGCAGCGUUAGCCGCAGCUUCCUUGGCCUUCAAGCCAUACAACUCUUCCUACUCCAACCUCCUCAUGUCCCACGCCAAGCAGCUCUUCUCCUUCGCCGACAGGUUCAGAGGUCUAUACGACGACACCAUCCAGAACGCCAAGCAAUUCUACACUUCCUCUGGCUACUCGGACGAGCUGCUCUGGGCUGCGGCAUGGCUCCACCGCGCUACCGGUGAGGACUACUACCUCAAGUACGUUGUGGACAAUGCUGUCUAUAUGGGCGGAACUGGAUGUGCAGUGAAGGAGUUCUCUUGGGACAACAAAUAUGCUGGAGUUCAAGUCCUCCUUUCUAAGAUACUUCUCGAAGGACAAGGCAGCCAGUACGCAUCAACCUUAAAGCAAUACCAGGCAAAAGCAGACUACUUUGCAUGUUCCUGUGUUCAGAAAAACGACGGCUACAACAUCCAGAAAACCCCAGGAGGCCUGAUGUACGUACGAGAAUGGAACAACCUGCAGUACGCCUCUGCUGCGGCGUUCCUCACUGCUGUCUACUCCCAGUACCUCAGUUCCCACGGCGCCAAGCUGAACUGUCCCAAGGGCCAGGUCGUUCAACCUCAGGAGCUUCUCGAUUUCGCCAAGUCCCAGGCUGAUUACAUGCUCGGCAAGAACCCAAAAGCCAUGAGCUAUGUGGUUGGUUAUGGACAACAGUACCCGAUUCGUGUCCACCACAGAGGCGCUUCCAUUGCCUCCAUCUUCCUGCUCCGAUCAACUGUCGAGUGUGUUCAGGGCUUCGACUCAUGGUACCGCCGGCCAGAAGCGAACCCCAAUGUGGUGUAUGGGGCCCUGGUGGGAGGACCUGAUCAGAAUGACAACUUCAACGAUCAAAGGUCUAACUACGAGCAGACUGAGCCGACGCUUUGUGCAAGUGCUCCCCUUGUUGGUCUCUUCUCCAAACUCCAGAGUGCAUCAGGAAGUGGAGGCCGCUACCCAAAAACCACGCAAGUUUCACACUACACAGCACCAACAGAAUCCUAUCACAAGAACCUACAAGCACCCAGGAAGGUUACAGCAGCAGCAGAGGAAGAACACGUUCCAGUGGAGUUUCUGCACUCCAUAACUAAAACAUGGACUGUAGGAUCCACAACAUAUUACAGACACAAGGUCACUAUCAAGAACACAUCUCAGAAGUCGAUCACCGGCCUCAAGAUGGUUGCACAAAACCUAUCAGGCUCCCUUUGGGGACUCACCCCAUUACCACAAAAGAACACCUAUGAGUUGCCUGAAUGGAUUAAGGUCCUCAAACCUGGCCAGGAACUCAGCUUCGUAUAUGUCCAGGGCGGCCCUCAAGCAAAGUUCAUUGUGAAUAGCUACCAAUAUUAAGCAAUGUGAAAUUCAGAAGAGAGAACGAAAACUCUUCUACUGUAUUAACCAUUACAAAAUGGAAGUUUUUGUCAUACAACCAUAUUUCUCUCAAUCGAAUGAAAGAGAACAUCUCAAGAGGCAUAUAAUCUCGAAUGACAAAUAUAGAGAUACGGUAACAUUAACGACCACCAAGACUUCAAAAACAAAAGUAAAACAAAAGUGUUUUG